AGGACUUUUAUUGUGAAGUCCGUGAUCGGGAACUCUCAGUUGGCCGGUGCAGCUCAGGAAGUGUCGCUAUGGCUGAGACCCACAGUUUACAGGACCUCCAGCAGCCAGCUGUCUCGUCCAAGGUGUUUAUCCAGAGGGACUACAGCUCAGGAACCAUCUGCAAGUUCCAGACCAAGUUCCCCUCUGAGCUGGAGUCAAGACUUGAUAAGCAGCAGUUUGAGGAGACCAUCCAGACUUUAAACAACCUGUAUGCAGAGGCAGAGAAGCUCGGGGGGAAGUCAUACUUGGAGGGCUGUCUGGCUUGUAUAACUGCAUACGCAAUCUUCCUCUGUAUGGAGACACACUAUGAGAAGGUUUUAAAGAAGAUUGCCAGGUACAUUAAGGACCAGAAUGAGAAGAUAUAUGCUCCCAGGGGCUUGCUGCUCACUGACCCCAUAGAGAGAGGCCUCCGAGUUGUUGAAAUCACCAUCUUUGAAGACAGAAGUGUUGGCUCUGGAAGAUAAAGAAUCUUGUGGUAUGUUGUCAGUCAUAGAAGAAUCUUUAAUGGAGUCAGCUUCGCUGGGAAAAUCUUGGGAGCUCCACUGUGACCCUCUUGAUCUAUAAGAAAUCAGAAUAUCAGGACAGUAUUUUCCUUAUCCGUAGUCAAACCGAUUACUGACCACUUCUAAUUCCAUCAUGUGAUAAUAACUGCAAUUUAGUUACGAGGAUGCCUUAACAAACUAAACUCCAUUGGCUCUUGUUUAGUAACAAAAGGAUUUCCCCCUUUUUCCUUUACUCUAUAAACCAAGACUGACCAGAUACUCUUCAUCUAUCUGGAAGCAUAUAUUCAAAUAUCUGCUUCACCUGAAUGGAUGUAUAUAAUUUUGAUCUGAUUCUUAUAUUUUGUUAUUUAUACGUUCUCUACUGUCUGCCUAUCCUUAUGUUAUGUUAUGUGUCUUUUUAUAUAUAUAAAAUAAUGUACAGUACAUCAAAGUGUUUGAGUAGUUACAUGUUUUCUCUUCAGGCUCUUUGCUUCUGCUCAUUCAGUUUGGAAAAAAAAUAAAAUAGAUCCAUUGAAUUGCCAAAUCUUAGCUUUAAUUUGAGUAGGUUUGGGAGAUGCAGCUCAUUUAACACAUUGCAUUACUAAUUGGACACUUGGCUCCUAAAUGUUUCUUGGGCAGCUGUGUGGAGUUGGAAUGUUUAUUCAAACUGAAAAAACUGAAACUGCAACAAGCAAGGUGUUUUCCAUAAAAUGUAAAAUUAAGUUUUGUUUGACUUCAUGUGUAUCUGUUCAAACCCCUUAACCUUAGGCACUAUGUACUAAAAUGGCGGCAUCUCCCACAUAGUUCUCUCUCAUAACCCAUCUCAAAGUAAAGCUGAGACAUGACACUUUAGUAUUUGUAUCUAUUAUUAUCUAUAAUGAUUUAAAAUUGAAUCUACUGAGGCACAGAACCCAAAGAAGAAAAAUAUAUGACACUGUCAAAAUACAUACAUUUAUAAAUCAUGUCCUAUUUAAUCAAAAUCAGUCUCCGUUAAUGGGCCAUUGUGACAAAUGCCACUUUUGACCAUCGUUAUCAUGAGGGAUUUGACUUGUGUAUUGUUUUGCAAGUCAAAUGUGUUGUCAUUCAAGAGUUUGGGUUAGAAUUAUGAAGGGAUUGAGUUGUUGGAACUGUCUUUAAACCUAAGUCCUGUUAUGGGUUGUAUUCCACAGUAUUGUUGUCUGUGUUGGGGCAAAUGUUCUCAUUUGUACAUGAAUGUGACUUUUUGCUGGGAAACUCUUGUGAAACGCACACAUUGGACUGGAGAUUUUUAUGACACCAAACAUGGAGCGUGUUUGCUUUUGAUAGGUCAAUCAUAAAACAAAAAUCUGACCUAAUACAUUUUGAGAAAUAUCUGUCUCUGCCAUGUCAUAACCCAACUGGACUGAAUCUCCCAAAUCAUACCCAGCAGUCCUGUGCCAUUUUUCUCCUUAGAGUAAUUAUCUAUAUUGUGAAUGUCAUCCCAAUAUUUCAUUGUCACCAAACACCACAGGAACCUUAAACACUGAAUUCCACACACAAAUGCUACUUUUGUUACAAAUAAUCUUCUGUUUUGUCUAAAUAAAAAGUCUUUUCCUGAA